AUGGCUAUCAUCGUUGUCGUUGCCGUGAUGCUGGCCACUUCAACUAUUGUCAUGGCCCUGCAGAUGUACGCCUUCAAAAUAAGCGCUGGGGCUGGGAGGACAGCUUCUUUAGCCUGGGCUACGCUACCUACCUGCAGCUCCGUCUUCGUGCUGCGUUCUGUCUACUACGGCCUGGACACGCGCGACGCUUACUUGAACAAGUACCAGCAGGUCCGCUGCGCUGAGUACACCCUGUAUGCUAACGUGAUCUACGGCUUCUACGUGCCCUUUAUCAAGGCAGGUGUCGUCUUCACGCUACUGCGCAUCCUACCUCCUCUCCCCUUGGCUGCUUUUAUCACAUGA